AUGUCCAAACCACCUACACCAACUGAAAAUUCUCCUGUCGAUCUUACUAACGAAAAUGUUGCUACCACUACUCCUCCUCCACAAACAAAUGGCACUUCCACUACUACCACUUCUAUCCCACAAACUAAUGGUACUUCUUCUCCUGUUUUACAAGUUAAAGAAACUAAAAGAAAACGACCUAUCGAAUACAUCGAAGAUGACAUCCUCGACGUUGAGCAGCAAAUUAUAAAAUUGAAAAAAACGAAAGAGGAAUUAAAAGCAAAACGUUUAAAGAAAAAAUUGAAACAAUAUGAGUUGAAUGAAUAA